GGGCCGGCGGGGCCGCGGGCGGGGGCGGACGGGCGGGGGACCGGGCUCCGGGCGGCUCCGGGCACCGCGCGCACACACCGGGCCGGCUCCCGAGGGCGCCAGCGCGGCCCCGGGGAGCGCGAGCGGGGAGCGCGCGGCCUGCGGUCAGCGGCCCAUCGGCCGAAAAGAUGGUGUCCUGGAUGAUCUCCCGAGCCGUGGUGCUGGUGUUUGGAAUGCUCUAUCCAGCGUACUAUUCCUACAAAGCCGUGAAGACGAAAAACGUCAAGGAAUACGUUCGCUGGAUGAUGUAUUGGAUCGUCUUUGCCCUCUACACUGUCAUUGAAACGGUGGCCGAUCAGACACUUGCAUGGUUUCCCCUGUACUAUGAGCUGAAGAUUGCCUUCGUCAUUUGGCUGCUGUCGCCCUACACUAGAGGGGCGAGUUUAAUCUAUAGAAAGUUCCUUCAUCCCCUGCUGUCAUCAAAGGAAAGGGAAAUUGAUGAUUAUAUUGUCCAAGCCAAAGAAAGAGGCUAUGAGACAAUGGUGAAUUUUGGACGGCAAGGUUUGAAUUUAGCAGCUGCAGCCGCCGUCACUGCAGCAGUGAAGAGCCAAGGAGCAAUAACGGAGCGUCUGCGAAGUUUCAGCAUGCAUGAUCUGACAGCUAUCCAAGGGGAUGAGCCCGUGGGACACAGACCCUACCAGACUUUGCCAGAAGCAAAGAGGAAAGGCAAACAAGCCACCGAGUCACCAGCCUAUGGAAUUCCACUGAAAGAUGGAAGUGAGCAGACAGACGAAGAAGCGGAGGGGCCAUUCUCCGAUGACGAGAUGGUGACUCACAAGGCGCUGAGGCGAUCCCAGAGCAUGAAAUCUGUCAAGACCAUCAAAGGCCGCAAAGAGGAAUUGAACAAGGACCCCAUGCAGGCUAUGCAAGAACGACACUUCCGAGCUACAUUAGCAGCACAUUUUAUUUUGAGGUGCGGUAUGGCUCACUAAAAUAUAAAGUGAAGAAGAGACCGCAAGUGUAUUUUUAGUGUCUACACCUUGCCCUUCCCAAGAUGAAUAAACCGCUAACAGAUCAACUUCAUUUUCUAACCUGAUGUAUUCAGGGCUUAACACUUUAAAUCUUCAGAGUGUGGCAGGGAUGGGAUUUACGCAAUGACUUUAAAUGGUCUGUGUUUCUUUAACAAUUACUUUUAGAUGUUUAACUGCUAAACUUAGUUAUGUAAGGUUUGUAAAUGUACGUGUAGAUAACAAAAGUGACCGAGAAUCGCGUCCCUGAUGUCAGCAGCAACACUGAGUGCCUAGGGCCUAAGGAUAAAGCCUAGCUAGACCCAGGGCAGACUUCAAAAGUCUCUGCUCCAGGACACACCUGCCUGCCGUUCUGGUGUUGCAUUCUGUUUACAUCAUCUUGCCUGCAUCUAUCACAGGAGAGUGGUGACAGCCCCUGAGGAGCCAGUGUCAUUGCCAUAGGAGGGGGCUGUGUCCUUCCUUAAGCCUUAGACGCUGAAAGUUUUUUAAACAAAUGAUUUGAAAACCAGGUGUCCACAUAGCACUUUCCUGGCUAGUUUUGCACACUUGAAAAUUGUUUACUUAUUUUACAACUGUACAUUUACAUUUUCCUGAUGCUGUCUGUUUUGUUGUCUGUCAUAUUCCGACAUGUCAAGAUCAUGCCUUGAAACCGCGUCAUCUCCUUUUCCUAUGGGUUUGUUUCGUUUGGUAAAUCCAUUCAGCCCAUUAUAGACACAUAACUGUUAAGUUUGUAGUCUUUUGUUUUGUUUUAUUGAGGUAGGGUCUCUUCCCUGAUCCUCGUCCUGCUUCCACUUCGCCAUUGCUGGGAUAACAGACGUUAUCACACUUGGCUCAUUUUAAAUGCCCUUCAGUUAUAUUCCGGACAUCUGAGAAGUUAUCUUAAACAUUAACCAGUUUCCAUCAUUGAAUUUGAUGUGGUUUUUCUCAACAGCAAAUUAUUCUAGGUUAUUCUAGGUUAAAAAAAAAAAAGCUUUUGGGGGCUGGAGAGGUGGCUCAGAGGUAAAGAGCACUGGCUGCUCUUCCAGAGGUCCUGAGUUCAAAUCCCAUCACCCACGUGGCAGCUCACAACUGUCUGCAAUCCAGCUCCAAGUGAUUUGACACCCUCACACAGAUAUGCGUACAGGCAAAACACCAAUGCACAUUAGAUAGAGAUAGAUAGAUAGAUAGAUAGAUAGAUAGAUAGAUAGAUAGAUAGAUAGAUAUUAGAUAGAUAGAUAGAUAGAUAGAUAGAUAGAUAGAUAGAUAGAUAGAUAGAUUGAUUUUGUGGAAGCGUCACAGACCAAUGUAGCACUUAGUGUUUUCUAACUCAUGGACUUCCCAAUGCCCACACUCAGCUCCUGAGCUCGGCAGAGGCCUAUGCUGCCUUACAGACCCAGCAAUGACUAACAUCUUUUAGAUCUUUUUCUGCCUGAGAUUAUUCUCUGAAAAUGAGUGUCAGGGUAAAACACAAACACCAUUGAUGCUACGUAACAGGCUUCCAGAAAAAUGCCAUCUUUUAUUUUAUUUUAUUUUAUUUUAUUUUUGGGUUUUUUUUUUUCGAGACAGGGUUUCUCUGUAUAGCCCUGGCUCUCCUGGAACUCACUCUGGAGACCAGGCUAAAGGCCUUCUUUUUAAUCUAACAGAUUUAGAGGGAUUGAACUCAGCUCCUUUUAGGUUGCCCUACUAACUGGACAUUGUGGACACUAAAUCAUAUUGGGGUGAUGAAUAAUCAAAUUUUCAAUAUCAAACAAUGCUUACAUGGGGGUGCCUGAAUGGCCCACACACACAAUGACCUCUUGAUACUACGAAUAUUUUCUACACAGAAUCACAUUGUUAAUAUUUUUAACACGAAAUAAAAAUUCAAUCUUUUUCCUCCCCAAUUUAAUCUUGUAUCUCCAUCUACUUUGCUUUGACUAAUAGCCUCUUCCUUUCGAAAAGGAUUCUUUAAUUUCUAUUCAAACAUCUAUAAAGUCCCACAAUAAAUUAUUGGACAGGAUGUAUUCAUUUCUCAUGAACCAGACCUGCUCUGAACCAAUGCUGUGCGGCAUGGGUGGUUUUCCCUGCAGAGGCCGUGUUACCUGAUAAGGUGAUGUGAUAAGUACAGUAAGUUACUUUGUCUCCAUGGGGACAAAUUGGCAAGAUUGUAUCAUAUUCAAGUCCAGUAUCAGUAUUAAACUUACCCUUAGGAGCUAAGGAUAGACACCAUGCUUGAGGUACACAAGGCCUUGAGUUCAAUCCCAAAACCAAAAAAAAAAAAAAAAAAGAUAGUUAAAACAAACUUAUUAUUAUUUAAUGAGUUUGUAUACUAUUUGUUUCUUCUUUUGACUUUUGUUUGUUUGGGUGGAGGGUGUUUUGUUUUGUGAGACAGAGUCUCUCUGUGUAGCCCUGGCUGUCCUGGAAUUCACUCUGUAGGUCAGGCUGGCCUCAAACUCACAAAGCUCCACCUGCCGCUGCCUCCCAGAUGCUGCCAUUAGAGGUGUGUCCCACCAUGCCCAAGUUGUUUUGAGACUAAGCCUCACUCUAGCCAGCCUGAAAUGCACUGUGUAGCCCAGGCUUACUUCCAGUAUAUGGUCACUCUGGAUGCCUCCGCCGCCUUUUUUUUUUAAAUAUUUUUUAUUAUUAUGUAUUUUCCUCAAUUACAUUUGGAAUGCUAUCCCAAAGGUCCCCCAUACCCUCCCCCCCCCCCACUUCCCUACCCACCCAUUCCCAUUUUUUGGCUCUGGCAUUCCCCUGUAUUGGGGCAUAUAAAGUUUGCGUGUCCAAUGGGCCUCUCUUUCCAGUGAUGGCCGACUAGGCCAUCUUUUGAUACAUAUGCAGCUAGAGUCAACAACAUUAUGCCUCCGCCUUCUAAGUGCUGAGAUUACAGGUGUGUGGCUCCAUACCCUACUUCACAGGCGUUUUAAAUUGGGAGAAAUAUCACGUUCUAGAAUCAAAAUUCUCAAGCAAAGAUACCGCCUGACUCGGAGCUAAAGUUGGCUGACCUGCUCACUGCCGUUCACCCUCCCGGUCCUGGUCCCUGCUCGGGCUUGUCCCUGCUGUAGACAUGCUCAUAUGCGCUUGAUGACUGUCCUACCCCGCUUUGUUUCUGUCCCCAAGGUCUCAUGUCAUAGCAUGCCCUUUUCUUUGAACUCUGUAUGCUGAGCUAAAGCGCUGUUUUGUUCUGUUUCUCUUAAAGAGGACCGGGUCACCUUGUUUGUUUCUGCUUUUGAGCAUGCUGAUUUUUUCAAGAGAUGUAAAUUUAUUCAUAGACCACAGUGCCUUGACUUAACCCACACUGCCAACUGGAGCACCAGCACGCGAAUGCACAAACCGGUUUAAGGCACUGUUUCUCUCUGCCUUUUGACAUGUAUCCAAAAAUUAUAGCCUACUAGCAUUUCAUCUUAGUAUCCAGUCGUUCAGCAUGAUCACUAACAUUCCCCGUACUUAGCUGUUGUUUAAGUAUAAAAAUUGAUAUGUCUAUACUGUGUCUUUCUUUUUCCUUUCUGGUAUUAAGAAGAGCCAUAGCUGGAGAGAUGGCUCUGUUUUAAGAAUGCAUACUGCUCUUACAGAGGACCUGGAUUCAGUUCUUAGUGCCUAAGCCAGGUGUUUAGUUCACUGCAGCCUGCAGUGCCAGCUCCUGGGGGUACAAUACCUUCCUCUGAUUUCCAAGGGCACCUACGUGCAUGUGAACAUUCUUUCUCACGGAUACACAUACACACAUCAUUUGAAAUUAAAAAAAAAAAAUCCUGUGAAAAACAAAAAGGAACCAGAAAUAAGCUGAUUACUACAUAAACAAUUGUCUACGGCCACCUCAGUUCCUCAUAGGUCCCCUCCACACACACUGUGUGUGUUUUCUAGGGCUAAAAAAAUGAGAUCUUGCUAUCGUUUCUAGCAAUAAACACUUUAGCACAUAGAGGUCUGGGACAGAACUAACUCCUCAUGUGUUUUCAGGGAUCUUAUUCCAUGUGUCACCACCAAAGACUUCCACAGUAUUAUAAAACAUGUAACUACUCUAAAAUGACGUCAGCCCUUGGCUACAUCGUCUUCUUUCUCUUUUGUACAUUUGGAGAAAUGCCUGAACCUUAAUGGUAUUACUAUAAUACUGUCUUAUAUUAACUGUAGGGUUUUUUCAUUGGAAUAUUGUCUGCCAUUGGAGGGGCGGGGGAGACAACGAAUGAAGAUCUAAAUACAGAAAUCUGAACACAAGUUCCAAAGCGUGUCCUCUGACCUCUCCCUUUUAGGUUGACUUAUUUGUGAAACAGGUAAAAUUUGAGAGGGUCAUUGUUUUGUGGUUUGUACUAUUUCUUAAGAAACAUACCCUAAGAUUAAAUUUUUUCUGAAAAGAAAGUAUCUUUUUUUCCUAAGUACUUCUCAAGUUAGUCUUUUAGUGGGAAUUCUGCCGAUUAACCUUGACUUAACAUUUUUUUCCUUCUAAUAUAUAUUUUUUAACUCUGUGUACUUUAAUACUUUAAGUGGAAAUAAUUUUAUAAAAUCUCUGUUAAAUCUCAAGCCCCAAAUGUGGGUGGCUCUGCAUGUGUGUUUUGGGAAACUUUUACAAUAAAGUAAACUCAUUUUAUUAGUGGCA